AUGGAAGACCCAACAGAUAAUAUCAAGUCUCAAAUUGUAACACAGUGUCUUACAAGGAAGACCCAACAAAUACCAAUUCACAAAACAAGCAAUCAGAUGCCAGAAUAUUGUUUCACGAUUACUUCAGUUUUGAAGAAUAAUUUUGACGGAUCUGAGUCUGGCUCCUUGCUGCAUUGUAUGAAUCAGACACUUACCAUAUUUGGUUCAAGGCUUCUCAGGCAUUGGGUGACUCAUCCUUUAUGUGAUAGAAACAUGAUAGGUGCUCGUCUUGACGCAGUUUCAGAGAUUGCAGAAUCUAUGAAAACUUAUCGAACUUCUCAUACUUCUGUCUUAGAGAUGGAAGGUGCUGAUGUUACCAUUUCGCAAUCAGAGAUACAUCAUAUAAUUUCUUCAGUUCUGUCCACUCUGGGAAGGUCACCAGAUAUCCAACGGGGGAUUACAAGAAUUUUUCACAAAAAAGCUACCGCAUCUGAGUUUAUUGCAGUCAUUCAAGCUAUCUUGACUGCUGCAAAACAACUUCAGCAGCUUUGGAUAGAAGAGUAUAAAAGUACGAAUCUACAAAGAGAGACCUUGCGCUCAGUACUGUUGAGAAAGUUGAUAUCAAUUGCCUCAUCGUCUACUGUUAUUAAUGCUGCUGCAAAGCUUUUGUCUGCUUUAAACAAGGAAGCCGCUGACAGACGGGAUCUUCACAAUUUAUUCUUCAUUUCUGACGGAAAGUUCCCUGAGGUUGCUGAAGGUACAAGGAGAGUUGAGUUGGCAAAUGAGAAGUUAGACUCAUUAAUUGUUGUGUAUCGCAAGCAGCUUCAUAUCCGCAAUUUGGAGUACACGAGUGUAGCUGGAAUUACACAUUUGAUAGAGCUGCCUCUAGACACAAAGGUGCCGCCAGACUGGGUGAAAGUGAACAGUACUAAGAAAGCAAUACGCUAUCAUCCACCAGAAGUAUUGGUGGCUUUAGAUGAGUUAGCAUUGGCAAAUGAGCAGCUCACUAUCGUUUGCCAAGCUGCUUGGAAUAAUUUUUUAACGAGGUUUGGUGGAUACUUUGCUGAGUUCCAAGCUGCUGUGCAGGCGCUGGCUUCAUUGGAUUGUCUAAAUUCUCUUGCCAUUCUUUCGAGGAAUAAGAAUUAUGUCCGUCCACUUUUUGUGAAAGAUGAUGAGGCUGUUCAGAUACAUAUUUGCUCUGGUCGUCACCCGGUUUUGGAGAGAGUAUUACAAGAGAACUUUGUCCCAAAUGAUACAGAUUUGCAUGCAGAAAGAGAGUAUUGUCAGAUUGUUACUGGACCAAAUAUGGGAGGAAAAAGCUGCUAUAUUCGCCAAGUUGCUCUUAUCGCUUUGAUGGCUCAGGUUGGAUCCUUUGUUCCAGCGUUCUCUGCAAAACUGCAAGUGCUAGAUGGCAUAUAUACUCGCAUGGGUGCAUCCGACAGUAUACAGCAAGGAAGAAGUACAUUCUUAGAAGAACUCAGCGAGGCUUCUGAUAUACUGAAAAAAUGCUCAGCCAGCUCAUUGGUUAUACUUGAUGAGCUUGGGAGAGGCACCAGUACACAUGACGGCGUAGCAAUUGCUUAUGCAACACUUCAGUAUCUCCUAGAACACAAGAAAUGCAUGAUUCUAUUUGUCACCCAUUACCCUGAAAUUGUCAGUAUCAAGAAUGAAUAUCCAGGCUCCGUGGGACCAUACCAUGUGUCAUAUCUGACAUCCCAAAGAGAAGUGAAUGGGGAUUUCAAGUCAAAUGAGAAGAUGGAUCACAUCAAUAGUGAAGACAUCACCUACCUUUACAAACUUGCACCAGGGGUCUGCGAGAGAAGUUUUGGUUUUAAAGUUGCUCAGCUUGCACAACUGCCGGUUAUGUGUAUUCAACGAGCCAUCGUAAUAGCUGGAAGACUAGAAGCAGCAGUCUCUAACUACACAACGCAAAAUCGAACUAGAAGGAGCUCUUCCAUAAGUUAUAGCAAAGAUGGUUGUAAGGUAUCUGAACCAGUGGAGUAUGUCUUAGAACCUGAUUGCUUGUCUGCUGGAAGAGUUGAACACUUAGAUGAUAUGGGCGAGCUUUACAGGGAGUUCUUUCUGAACCUAAACUUCGCACUUCUUGAAGAACAUGAUGAUGACAGGAGGCUCCAGUUUCUAAUGCAGGCUAGAAGCCUUGCUGCUCAGUUAAUAAGUAGUUAAAGACUAAUUAUUUUAUCCUAUCGUUCUUUCCGCUGCAAUCAAGUAUUCCUUCCUUCCCAUUUACACAAGGGAUUUUUCCUUUUUGGUCAAUCUCAAAAGAUCGACAUUCUUUCUGUUUCGGGGUAGCUCUGUCGUUUUACCUUUCCAUUUUUCCUGUAAUGACAUGUUCUUAUUUCUUAUAGAAUGCCAUGGCAUGUUCUUUUUCUUU